UGCCUUUUCAUAGAAUAUAUUACCUAAAGUUGCAGACUCUUACUUCAUCUUUCUUUGUUAUGUCACUGUUUGGAUGCACUGAGGGAAAAGGAAACAGCUUUAAAGCUGCAUCUGAUUCUUAAAAAGCUGAGUGUGAGUUUAAAACUAGAGUGGCUUAUAUGAAGUAUGUAUCAAAUACAUCUCCAAACUGUAUUAGCAGCUUACUCUAUCUGCAGAAAAAUGACUUGAAGUAAUAUUUACAUACAUCUACUACAGAUGCUCUCAUGUGCCCCUAUUCUCAGUGCUGCCCUCUUGUGUUUAGGGUUUUCAUGUACCUGUUAAAAGCAUGAAUGAGAGGUGGAUCAAAACAAAAAACAAAAAAACAAAACAAGAUAUUUAUGCACAUCCAUUACAGAUACUUCUGUGUUUCUGUAUUCUAAUGCUGCCCUCUUGUGUUUAGGUUUUUUAGCAGCUUGAAUCAGUAAGCCUGUUGAAUAAUAUAUCAAGUGGUCUUAGAGGAGAAGAAUGACAUAAUGUACAUGUUCAUGUACCCUGUAAAAUGCACUGAAUGAGAGGUGGAUCAAAAAAAAUACAAGAGCUGUCCUAAGCCUUGUAGUCAUUACAUCACAUCUAAAGUGGGACGAAACAGCAGCCAUAGUUGGACUAACCUCUUUGGUAGGCAUUAAUGAGCCUCUGCACACCUCCUGCUCUCUGAACACUGAGUUUGUACCUUGUCAUUUUCAAGUUCCAACCUAAAGCAGACUCCACAUGGCAAUUUCAUUAUUUCCCCAAACACCCAGAAACCAACUAGUUCCAACCAACUCCUGCUCUGGAUACUACUAAAGAAAUAAAUCAUCAUUAUCAAAUGACCAUGAAUACAACUUGUCAUAGCAGAAAAAGCACAGGUGUAACUGAUAAAAUUGAUUUGUUUAUUCAACAGCAGACGAUGGUAACCACUUAUUUAUUUGCUCUUAUUCUAAACAUAGAGUGACUGGAAUAUUUGUUUGCCAUAAAAUUUGACAGAUGCUACUUUUACUCAUUCUAAUGCUGUCUUGAUUUAAUAAAUAUACAGAUUUUUCUUAUUGAAUUUAUUGAUUAUUGAUUGAUUAUAAGUAUUCCACUGCAAUGAAAGACUGAUGCAAUGAAAGCAUUUUUUAUCGAUCCUGUCAAAGAGGUGAUAAUGUAACUACAUUUUAUUAUUGAGGUUGUAGAGGCUGAAAGGAGAGUAUAUAUCAACCAUCAUUUCUUAAUACAUGAUAUGACUUCGUCUACAUUCAUGUGCAUCCUUAUAUGCAAAUAUGACUUGUAGCUUUCCCGUACUGGUUUUACUGGUAUGAAAAAAGGCUUAUGUGACAGGAAAAGCAAGAAAGAGUAGAUUCCAGCGUUGACAUUUUGACAUUUUGUAAGUGUUACUGUGGGUAAUAAAGAGAGAAAAAUGACCAAAAAAAAUGAGAGAAGGCUGGUUUGGAGGUUUGAAAGAGGGUGUGUCGAACCCUAUUUAAAGGUUUGUGUCUGGACUCUCUGUUCAAAUACCUCUCUUCCAGCCUCUCGUUCUACACAAGUCUUCAUACAACGCUGACACCAUGGCAGGUCUCCCAGCGGCAAUGGCAAUACUCAUGGACACCUUCGACAGAUAUGCUGGAAAAGAAGGAGACAAGAAGACUUUGUCCAAGGGAGAACUCACUGAACUGCUCCGCAACGAGCUUCCUGGGGCAAGCGCCUCAGACAAAGCUGCUGUGGACGAAUUCUUCAGCAUGCUGGAUGACGACAAGGAUGGUGUUGUUGAUUUCAAGGAGUAUGUUACUUUUGUAACAGCCCUCACUGUGAUCUGCAAUCAGUAAUAAAUGCUUUGGCUAUGCUGCUUCAGAACUCAAAUAAACUCUGUUGCUUUA